GCGCUGGCUGCACAUCCUGCCGGGAGCUUCUGGCGUUUCUCUUGUCCUUUCGUUGUGCACCCUUCUCCUGCCUUGAGAUCUCAGCACAACACCGCAGGCACCAUGGUCAAGAAGAAGGUUGCCGCCCUCGAGAAGGUCGAGGCUGAUCUGGCUGGCCUCCAGUACAAGAUCCGCCGCGAUCCUCAGGACUACAAGAACGAGUUCGAGGAGAAUUGGUACCAGUACCUCACGGCGCUCGACACAUUCCUUGCCUCGCCCGCAAACGCCGACGCCAACUCCCUGAUCAAGUUCCGCGACCAGAUCGACUUUGUCGCCCACGUAGCCGACUGCUACCCCGAAUACACCACCGGCUUCCCCGAUGGCCUCAGAGAUAUCCUAACCCGCCACCAUGCGGUGCUCGAGCCCGAGCUGCGUGAAAAGAUUGUCUCCAGCUUGGUCCUUCUGCGGCGGAAAUAUAUCGUCGACUCCAGCUACCUACUGACCACGCUCUUCCCCGUCCUCGUCAGCACCCCGUCAAAGUCGCUGCGAACCUUGCUCUUCCAGCGCAUCGUGAGCGACCUGCGCAACUCCAACACCAAGUCCAACAACCACAAGCUCAACCGCACCAUGCAAGGUGUCCUGCAGACCCUAGUCACGUCCGAUCGCUCGAACCCGAAGGCGAUAUGGGCUGUCAAGAUUGUACGAGAGCUCUGGAAGCGGCAGAUAUGGACCGACGCGAAGCCCGUCGAGGUCAUGAAGGAGGCUUGCCUGUCAGAAGAUGAAAAGGUGGCCGUGGGCGGUGUUCGCUUCUUCCUCGGUGGCGACAAGGAGCGAGAGGAGCUCGAAGACGAACAAAGCGACGAGGAGGUCAUUGACAUCAAAAAGGUCAAGCAUCAGAUCGGCAUCAACAAGAAGACCAAGAAGAAGAAGGCGGCUCUGGACAAGGCGGUGGACAAGUUGAAGCGUCUGGAUAGGAAGAAGAAUGCGCCGCACCCGCUCAACUUCUCGGCGCUGCAUCUUCUGCACGACCCGCAGGGUUUUGCCGAGCAGCUCUUCGAUAAGCACCUCCAAAGCUCGCGCUGCAGGUUCGCCCUGCAGAGCAAGCUGGCCAUUCUGCAGCUGGUCACUCGCCUGGUCGGUCUGCACCAGCUGACGGUCAUUUCGCUCUACUCGUGGUUCAUCAAGUACUUGACACCACGCCAGCAGUCGGUCACCUCGUUCUUGGCCUCCCUCGCUCAGGCAGUCCACUCCCUCGUACCGCCGGACGUGCUCGAGCCCCUCAUUGUCAAGAUCGCCAAUGAGUUUGUCUCUGAAGCGGCUGCUGCUGAAGUCGCAGCGGCAGGUCUCAAUUCUAUCCGCGAGAUCUGUGCGCGACAACCGUUGGCCAUGACUGAGACACUGCUUCAGGAUUUGGUACAAUACAGAAAAUCUAAAGACAAGGGUGUCAUGAUGGCGGCCAAGGGUCUUCUAUCACUCUACAGAGAACAGGGAGCUGAGAUGCUGACAAAGCGCGAUCGUGGCAAGGAUGCCACGAUCGGCCUGAGGAGUGGAUCGCAGAAGCAGCAGAGGUUCGGCGAGGUCGCGGUAGGCGGCAUCGAGGGUCUCGAGCUUCUCGAGCAAUACAAGGAAGAGCAGAGGAAACGCAAACGUGCAGAGAAGGGCCUACCUGAAGACGGCGAGGAUGGCGAGGAAGACGAAGAGGAGGAGGAGGAAGAUGGCGGCUGGGAGGUUGCAUCCGAUGACAGCAGUGACUCUGGCGAGUGGAUCCGGGUCAGCGACUCUGAAGAUGAGGACGCGGAGCCGGCGGCCAAGAAGCAGAGGCUCGAGGGCGAGGACGAUGACAAGGAGAAUGCCGAGGCUGCCACAACUGCACUUUCGAAGCUUGCCAUGACCCAGAUCCUCACGCCCGCAGAUCUCGCCAAGCUCAAAGAGCUGCAGGCCGAGGCGAAACUCGACAAGGUGAUGGGCAAUAAGAAACGCAAGGAGGAGAUCGAGCGUCAUCGCGACGAAGGAUUGACCUCUGAGCAGAUUGAAGCCCCGGCGAAGCUGAGAAAGAGCACCAAGGAAGAGCGCCUGGCCAUGGCCAAGGAGGGCAAGCCGGGAAGAGACGAGCACAAGUCGACACAGGCCAUCAGGAAGUCCAAGAAGGAGGCCGAGGGCAAGUCGACGACGAACAAGGAGAAGGCACGGAAGAAGAACUUCCUCAUGACGAUUGGCAAAGCCAAGACAAAACACAAGCGCAGUCUGGUUGCGACACAAAAGGCGCUGAGAAACCACAUUGACCGCAGCAAGUCUGGAGGCCGGCGCAGGAAUGGUAUCUCGAAAUAGACGCAUUAGAUUUGGGCAGCAAAUAUACCCCACCGAUCUUGAUCACAGAACAGCUGGGACAUCUGACUCUUGACACUAGCGA